GUGGGGGGGUGGUGCUCGCGGAGGGGCGCGCGCAGAGUUCCGUGCAGAAGGCAGAGCGUCCGCUACGCUGUACGUCCGGAUCACGUUUCCCAGAGUCUCCGCAGCAGCCGCCGCCGCGCCUCCGGGCUGCCUGUUGUACUACUGGACUGAAAGUGAAUGGACGCGGGUGCGGAGCCCUCGCGCGGCGGGAACAAGUGGCAGAGUCUUUGAAGAGGAACGGCGGCUUGCGUCGCUCUUCUGCUCUGUUCGACCCGACUGUGUCCAUCUGAAACAUACACACACAGAGCUCGGCGGGAAUGGCUUCAUCUCCCAGCACAAGCAGCAGCAGCAGCGGCAGUGGCAGUGUGGGCAACUUGGACUCUGCGUUGGAGAUAAAAACUCGGUCGGUGGAGCAGACCCUCAUUCCUCUCGUGUCCCAGAUCACCACACUGAUCAACCACAAAGACAAGCCCAAGAAGACGGAGAGGACGCUCAGGGCCAUCCAGAAGGUGGGUCAAGCUGUCAGCAUAGCUGUGGGCCGUUUUGUCACCGUGGGAGAGGCCAUCGCUGUGGAGAAUGAGGAACUGAAGGAGGAGAUGGGCCUUGCUUGCUUCGAGGCUCGACGGGCAGGAGAUGCCAUUGCCCAACUAACAGAUGUAGUGAGUGCAGAGCAGCCAGAGUUGGACGGGCGGGCCACCAUCUUCAGUGACAAGACGGCUAUGGUGAAGGCCGCAAGGAUGCUGCUCUCCUCUGUGACCAAAGUCCUGGUUCUGGCUGAUCGCAUUGUGAUCAAGCAAAUCAUCACCUCACGCAACAAAGUACUGGUCACCUUGGAUCAACUGGAGACGGUGAGCAGCUUCCAGGAGUUUGUGCAGAUCUUCAGCCAUUUUGGCAAUGAGAUGGUGGAAUUCGCCCAUCUGACAGGAGACCGGCAAAAUGACCUUAAGGAUGAGAAGAAAAAGGCCAGGAUGGCAGCAGCACGGGCAGUGCUAGAGAAGUGCACCAUGAUGCUCCUUACAGCCUCCAAGACCUGCCUUAGGCACCCUGACUGUGAGUCGGCGCGCAUCAACAAGGACGCAGUCUUCCAUCGCAUGCGCUUUGCACUGGAGCAGGUGAUCGAGAUUGUGACAGAUGCUCGACCUGGUGGAGACGCUCAAGUUCUACCUGUCAACAUCUACUCUGGGAUCAAGCACUUCAAGGGGAAGGUGGAGAGCCUGAGGGAUGAGCUAUACGCUCUGACCCCGGAGACCCUGCACUCCCACCUGGAAGGCAUUGGGGAGCAGACACAAGACUUCACGGACUCUGCCUACACCAGCCAUGAGCACCGUGAAAGCAUCCUGCAGCUGUGUCAUGCUGCUCGGCAAGAGCUACAGCAGGUCGUCUGUGACUGGACGUAUGCGACUGAUCAGAACACUGCAUGGAGACAGAGGAACUGCAGCUGGAAUUGUUUGAAGUUUGAUUUGCUGCUGUUCCUGUGUUCCUGGGUCAACCUCCAGUGUUUUGCCCUACUGUUGUCACAGGAGGACUUCUUGCAUUUCUCUCAGCAGUCUCUCAAAGCCAAAGAAGCCACAGAGGAAAUGGAGCUCUCCAUUCUAAAGACCUGUCAGACUGUGAGCGAGCUCCGGCGAGAGCUCCAUAAGGCUGCUGUAGGGCGUGCAACAGACCUACUGAAGUGCCACAAGGACCACAUUGUCCUCAAGGCCCUGAAGGGGUCCGGAGGAGAGGGAAACUUGGAGGCAGUGGCUGAGUACUCACACAAGCUGACAGAGCAGAAAGAGCAACUGGUGGAGACCUGUCGUCUGCUGCGUCACAUCUCGGGGACAGAGCCGCUGGAGAUUACCUGCAUACAUGCCGAAGAGACCUUCCAGAUCAUUGGCCCGCAAAUUAUCUCUGCUGCGCAGACACUGGCCCUUCACCCGUCCAGCAAGAUCGCCAAGGAGAACCUGGAUGUGUUCUGUGAAGCUUGGGAGUCGCAGCUCAAUGACAUGGCCAUCCUUCUUAGAGAAAUCAAUGACGUCUUUGAGGGACGCAGAGGAGAUAAGAAAAUGUACCUGUCUCUCCCCCGACCUGGGAAACACUCUGCAAAUUUGAAGAUGGCAAAGGCUGCCAAGCUUGAUGCUGAGGAGCAGACCACCAUCGCCAAGCUGGGCCUAGAGCUGCGGCUGCUCACCUCUGAUGUGGACUCUGAGAGUGAGAAAUGGGAGGACCGUGAGCAUGAGAUUGUGCGGCAGGGGCAGAGUCUGUCGAGCAUGGCCUACUCCAUGUACCUCUUCACCAGAGGAGAAGGCCUUCUGAAGACUACACUGGAUUUAUUCCAUCAAGCUGAGAUGUUUUCCGAGGAGGGCUUUCAAUUAUGUUCGUCUCUCCAGGCCUUGACUUCACAGUUGGAAGAGGAGGAACAUACAGUCAUCCUGCUGGAGACGGAGAAGCUUGUGGCUUUGUGUCAGCAGCUGCAAGUGACAGCAAGGACUGCAGUCCAGGGGAAGACCGCUAUGUUCCAGAAGGUGGAUUCCUCCAUACAGAACACCAAAAGUAUCAUGACUGUUGUGGUCUACCUCCUCCCACUCCUCAACAAACUCAUCCGCAAGUACAAGUCAGAGCUCAGCAGCCUGGGAUCCCCACAAAGCUGGAAAGACAAGCAAUGCCCAGUAAAAGAAGACUCACUCAACAGCAAGAAUACCAAUGGUUUUGGGGUCAGAGCUCUGGAGCAUCACAUGGGCAGCCUUACCUUUCUGGAGAGCAAAUAGCCCAGCAU